AGAUGCCAAGGAUGUCCGCAAUAAGGACCUUGGGAGUAAAGUGGUACUCAAAGGCCUCUAAUGGCACCAGUUUGCUCAUUACUUUUUUCAUGUUGCAGCCGGGCUUUGAAAGUCAAUUUACGGCUCAGACACGACCUGGAAGCGUAUUUAAAUGGCAACUAACAAAUUCUUUGUGGUAGGAUAUAUUACCUUGUUCUCGAGAAAUUAUUUUUGAAAUAGUUUCGGCUACGACUCGACUAUAUAUAUCCCAUCUUCUGGCCGGUUUUAAGGGAAAGAAACAUCGUCGUGAUCUCUUAUUUUAGCUAUCAUUACCAUGGCUUUGCUUUCUUUUCUUGUUGUGUUGGUAGGGUUGAGUCUUGUAGCAACCCAAACAACAUAUACGGGAUGCCAUAAUCAUUCCAACGUCGAGUGGUGCUACGGUCCGGAUGGGGAAGAGACGCCGUUAGCAACAUACACAUUACCUUCUUCUUCUUCGACAGUGAAUCUCCCUGUAUCAGUUCCUGCUAGCACAACUACUACCGCCCAGACAGCUUCUGUGACAGGAUGCCACAAUCAUGGGGCAGAUAUAUACUGCAUCAAUGGGGCUGGGAAAGAAGUGCUCAUCUCAUUGACAGCCACACCGACGGGAGAACUUCCGGCGCAGUAUACUGAUUGUCAUUCUCAUGACACCGAUAUGUACUGCGUUAGCCCCGCUGGGGAGGACGUGCUGGUCGUUGACGAAGGAGCUGCAUCUUCUGGUUCUAGCUCCAGCAAGGACGGUGAAGAAUCAUCAUCAAGUGGACAGAAUUGCCAUUUUCAUGCCGGUGUCGAACACUGUGUUGGCGCCGGUGAGUCCGAAUCCGAAUCCGAAUCUUCUUGUGAAGUCAGCCAACGAGACUACGAUGUUCCACUGAGAAUUGGCUCCAUUUUUGUGGUCCUCGUUACCAGCGCUAUUGGAAUCUUCGCUCCUGUCCUGUUUACAAAACUGUCUCUCAAGACGUUUAACACAAUGGUAUCCGUUUCCAUUAAGCAGUUUGGUACUGGUGUCAUUAUUGCCACCGCAUUCGUUCAUCUCUAUACUCACGCGUCCUUGAUGUUUUCCAAUGAAUGCCUGGGUGAGCUGCAAUACGAAGCAACCACUUCAGCCAUUGUGAUUGCGGGUAUCUUUAUCGCGUUUCUCACUGAGUACAUCGGCCAUCGAGUCGUAUCCGCACAGUCGACCAAGGCCGAAAGCACAGGACCUUCCGGACAUACUGCUGAGACUACUUUGGGAAAUGAAACGCUCAAAGCUCCACCCGCCGUAGGUUCACAGUCUGGCCAGACACUCCUCCAAUUAGGACAUCAUCAUGGAACCUCCAUGGACCCGACACUUCCCAACAGCAAGCUGUCAGUUCUUAUCAUGGAAGCUGGCAUCCUGUUCCAUAGUAUACUGAUAGGCCUCACUCUCGUCGUUGCCGGGGAUUCAUUUUACAAAACACUCCUGGUUGUGAUUGUCUUUCACCAAUUCUUUGAGGGCAUGGCGCUCGGUGCCCGGAUUGCGCUCUUGCCAGGCGCUAUAUUCCCAUCGAAAGUUAUUAUGGGCACCGCAUUUGCAUUGAUAACUCCCAUUGGCAUGGCAAUAGGACUAGGAGUUUUAAAUUCCUUCAAUGGUAACGAUGCGAGCACACUUAUCGCGCUUGGAACACUGGACGCACUGUCUUCCGGGAUACUGAUAUGGAAUGGUGUUGUCGAUAUGUGGGCAAGAGAUUGGAUCAUUGAGGGGGGACAGCUUCUUAGUGCAGAUAUACCAACGACACUCGUUGGUGGUUUAUCUCUAGUAGCUGGGCUGAUUCUGAUGAGUGUGCUCGGAAAGUGGGCAUGAACACUGUAGGUAUUUACAAAGGGGACUAGCUACUUCGUCAGCAUUUUCUGGAAUUUUUGAUAUUGGAGGGACUGUUGAUAUAUCCUUUUGACUUAUUUUAUCAACAUGACUGCCUUCCUCAAUAAGCCUAGGUCUUAUUUGCUUCCUGAUGGUAGAAAUCCGACGAAUCUCUUGAUAUGGAGUGUUGGGGCCUUCACAUAACCCGAGCAGCGGUUUUAUAGAUAAACUCACGAUUACACAAUAACAGGAGCUUAAUUAGCGGUGGAUACAAUAAACUGAAAAGGAUAGAAG